CCAUAAUAACUUAAAAUAGCUGCAUUCUAGGUUUCCUGCUACUGCACCACUGAGGAAGGCAGACAGAGUUUUGCUUGUGUUGGGUCAGCUUAAGUCCGAUAGAGGCAUUUCAGUUUGCAUUUGAUCUUAAUUCUGGCUGAAGCCAUGGGACUCGUUCUACGUGUGGUGCUACUAUGGCUGCUGCUUAUUGGAAAGCUUCAGGGAAAAAUUGCACAUUCCUACCAUGGAUUUGAGCCUGGCACUUUGGACAUGAGCUAUGAGCUGCAGGGUCUGAACUACCAACCAAAGCCCAAGCCUCAGACCCCAGUUCCCCAGCAGCCUCGCUACCAGCCGCAGCAGCCUGAGGCCCCGGUUCCCCAGCAGCCCCGCUACCAGCCGCAGCAGCCUGAGGCCCAGGUUCCCCAGCAGCCUCGCUACCAGCAGCCGCAGCCUGGCUACCAGACGCAGCCUGGGGCCCAGGUUCCCCAGCAGCCUCGCUACCAGCAGCCGCAGCCUGGCUACCAGACGCAGCCUGGGGCCCAGGUUCCCCAGCAGCCUCGCUACCAGCAGCCGCAGCCUGGCUACCAGACGCAGCCUGGGGCCCAGGUUCCCCAGCAGCCUCGCUACCAGCAGCCGCAGCCUGGCUACCAGCAGCAGCCUCGCUACCAGCAGCCGCAGCCUGAGGCCCCGGUUCCCCAGAAGCCUCGCUACCAGCCUCGGGCCCCGGUUCCCCAGAAGCUUCGCUACCAGCCGCAGCCUCAGGCCCCGGUUCCCCAGAAGCCUCGCUACCAGCCGCAGCCUCAGGCCCCGGUUCCCCAGAAGCCUCGCUACCAGCCGCAGCCUCAGGCCCCGGUUCCCCAGAAGCCUCGCUACCAGCCGCAGCCUCAGGCCCCGGUUCCCCAGAAGCCUCGCUACCAGCCGCAGCCUCAGGCCCCGGUUCCCCAGAAGCCUCGCUACCAGCCGCAGCCUCAGGCCCCGGUUCCCCAGAAGCCUCGCUACCAGCCGCAGCCUCAGGCCCCGGUUCCCCAGAAGCCUCGCUACCAGCCGCAGCCUCAGGCCCCGGUUCCCCAGAAGCCUCGCUACCAGCCGCAGCCUCAGGCCCCGGUUCCCCAGAAGCCUCGCUACCAGCCGCAGCCUCAGGCCCCGGUUCCCCAGAAGCCUCGCUACCAGCCCAGUGGCAGUUUUGGUCUUGCUGCGCAGACAGAAGCUGCACCCAGCACAGAUGCAAUGGGUGGGACCUAUCUGAACUAUGGAGGCAAAGGAAGACUUGGCUAAAACUCAAACUAGAGCAUAAGGCAUAGACUGAAGGACUAUACCUGGAUGUGGUUUAAACUGUCAAGCAUGUACUAUCAAAAUCUUAAAAUAAAGUCUCAUGUACAAUA